AAAAUCCUACAUAACGUAAUCAAUUGAGAUGUAAAAGCGAUUCAGAAUUUUACACAAAAUAGUGAAACAGCAGUUAUUACACAAAAUGGUAACGUAUAUACUGCUGAAUGUCAUAGAUAUUGUUUUACAAUAGUUCUGAGAUACAGUUUUGGCCCAAAAUGUAUUUUUAAAGAUGCAUUUGUGACAAGGAACUUGUAGGACACUGUAAGAAAAACAAUGCCCAAUUUUUGGAGAUUUAUGGCUAUUUUACUAUAAUCAACUUAACAAAUACAAACAUAUAAAAAUACAGUAUUUUAUAAAUAAGAUAUGCAGGUUCACUGGUCAUUCUGGAUAGCAAAUGUAAGGGCCAUAUUUGCAUUCUGUCAGAAUCCCUUAUUCCUAUCACCACUGUAAAGAGAUCUGAGUCAGUAUGUUUCUCUAUAAUGCACCAUUUCAUGUCAAACCACUCUGAAUGACCUUGUUUACAUCUCAGUGACUGAAUUAUCCAGAAAUUAAAAAAAAAACAAAACAGUGGAAUUCCCCUUUAAUCUGUUUUUGAUGUAUAUUAAGCACAACUCUGCUGUGCAAGACUGCUGUAUUCCAUAAGUGUGUGUGUGAGCAACCAUAUAUUCUGAAAGUAUUAUGCAAUAUGCAACAAUGAUAAGAGAUUUUUUUAUGCAAAUUUGACUAAAUUACUUUUAAAUAUUGGACUCUGAAAGUAAUAAAGAAUUUUACAGUGUAAUGUGGCUUAUUUUGUUACAGAACUUCUUAUGCAUCGUGCAAAAGUUUAUUCCACUGUAACAGACACAUUGCAGAACUUUAUUGCACUCUAAGGAUAAUGAAUUGACCUUUGAAGGGAGUGAAAAGCCAUGUUAUUAAAUGGAUUCUUGAUUUUCUAGCAGCAUGCCCAUCAAAAGUUUAUCUGUUUGGAAGCAGCUGUCCAUGUUAAUCACUGCAGCACAGCCAGACGGCACGCACACGCUGUGCAGUAUUAGUCACCUGUGCCCUAGCCGACUGCGUCAGCCCUACUGUCGCCAUAGCAAUGGCCUAGGUCACACUGCAGGCAGGGGAUGAUGCUUAAUGCAGGAAGUAGGGGGUGGAGCUUUAGAAAUGGUAACACCCCCUUUCUCCAAUCCCAGAGCAGCCCUAACAUUGCCACUCAUCUGCCUCUCUUCAGACUGCUGUGUUGACUGCCGUUGAUAAACCAAAGCAGGCAAUCAGCAUAACUACAGGUACAUACAUGGCAACACAUGACAUGACUCAUGCAGUGCAACUCAGUGAAUGCAUCCCUGGUUCCUUCAUGGAUACGGUCACCACAGGUAGCACAGAGAAAAAUCAUUUGUCAAAGUUUUUAAAAAGCUGUGAAGCUGAAGGGGAUAAGCAAACUGGUCAAGAGGACAAAUCACAAACAUAUAACAGCAAUAGAGACAACACAGUGUCUUUACCUGAGGCACCUGAUGUCUUAUGCAAAGAGCAGAUUACUGUACCAGGUGAACUAAACAAGGAGGAAUACAAGCAGGCUUCAUCAAAAGAGACUGAAGAGAUCAGCAUACUGCAAGGUCAAAAUGAGAUUAGUAAACUCAGGAUAAGGAGAGAUGCUGAUUUAUACCCAGAAGAGCAUAAGAAACAGUCUAGAGAUACUAGUUCUCAGCAAGAAGAUACUAUGCCAACUAAAGAGGGAGACAAUAAGACCCCCAAAGAAGUAGAAGAAUAUGAUGAGAAAGCGGUCAGCCCAGAGGAGAACAACGCAAGACAAGUAGGAAUCAGCAUUGUCCCAAAAGGAAAGGACAGCAGUAUUUCAUUUGCAAAAGAGGAUUUUAAUAUGGUUUACCACAAAGAAGAGUUGAGUGCUGGCUCUCGACCAGACGUUGAAAUGAACCAGGAAAGGAAAGAGGACUGUGCAGGCCAAAAUAAGACUGUUCCUAUUCUGAAAGAAGAAGCUGUAAGUUUUGCUUCAGAUAAUAAAGUCAAAGUUGAUGAAGGUUUUAAGGAACUCAAAGAUCCACAUGGUCCUCAUCAAGAAUAUCAUAUGUCUACAACACAACAUUUGGAACCUUAUGAGGGCCAGGUUUCAUUAAAGGAACUUGAAGGAACCUUCAGAUCAAAGGGAAGUGAUAAACUUGCUUCUGAUCAAGAUAAAAUGGAUAUCAGAUCUCAGAUAAUUCUUCAAGGUAAAGAAACCGAAUCCUAUUUUUCUCCAAAGGAUGCAAUAGCGCAAAACAUCCAGCAGGGUGAGCUGUUGCUGUAUCGGCUGCACCUUGUACAGCAGAAUCAAGAGUUGCAACAGGUGUCAGAUGGUCCACUAGCAUCAAACACUGCAGCCAUGGUGAUGACCAAUGACACAAUGGAGAAUGUUACUAUGAUGCCAGACACAGAGGGGGUGGAAGAUGGAGGGAAGGAGACAGACUUGUCUUUAAGAGUAGAAACCACAGAGAAGAAGGAGAGUGAGGUGCAAAGGUACCAAACAGAGACCGGAGACCGUAAAGAGGCCAAAAUGGAGAAGGAAGUGGGCGAUGAUGACCAGAGUGAUAGUGGGGUGUCUGCUGACUUCUUCGUUCCAGGUGGAAUCCAUGAGCUUCCUACAUCUUACUCCCAGAACAUCAGGCCUAUAGAGGAGACCCCCAUACAGAGAGAGAUCAGAGAAGGUUUAGAAAGGGAGAAAACCCUGCGUCAAUCCAGAGGCCUUGAUGAUUGGGGCGAGAGGUCUCAGGAACUGGUGGAAAUCACAGUAAAGAGAUCCUUGGAAGCUCCAGAACAGACAACAAACUUUGGUUUUGAUGCUGAAAAGAAGCUUGCUAAGAGAAAGAUGCUACAGGAUAUAAGCCAGGAGGCAAUGAAAGAGCAGGCCCUAAAGAAACUAGGUAAGGUUCCAGGCUUCUACAGUAGGGGUCAUGCACAAGAUUUAAAGGAAAGACAGAUGCUAUUUGACGCCUUCCACCAAUGCAAGAAAAUGGAUACACAAGGCUCCUCUAGAUGCAAGAAGUUCUUCUCUUCCUCAUUUACUGCUGGGGAUGCUGAAAACCUUGCAGUGCAAGGGGGCAGCUUAACUUUUGUGUCUGUGUUUGAACGUACCCGCAGUCUAGAACUGUUCACCAACUACCAAUUUAAAGAUCCUACUGCUCCAUUACAUAGUACUGAAUCUGACACAGCUUCUGACACUGAAAGUCACAAAGAACGUCAAAAGGAAACUUCAGAUGGUGACGCCACCCAAGACCCACAGUCAAAAUCACUAUGUUCUUCUGUUAGCCUGGAUUCCUUGGAUUGGAAUUCUGGGACAAUGCCUUCAAACUUGGAUGAUGAAAAGGAGGAUGAGGAAGAUUCAUUCCUGAAAAGAAAGAACCCAUUCUUUCAGCUCCGUCCCGCUCUGUCUCUGAGACCAGAUGUGGAGAUGGAGAUCAGAGAGGCUAUCAAGAGGGAGCAAGAACUUAGAAGACUGAGGAGUAGACUUUAUGGUGACCAGGAGAACAAUUUGGCUGAUAAACAGGAAGGAAAUACACGGUCCUCUUGUGUAGAAUCCUCAUCUACAGAGUCAGAUCAUGUAUACAGGGGUAAGUUAACACUCAUCUGGCCUCCACCUUCCUCUAAAGUGGAAAAGGAGUCUGGCCCUCCAAACCCAGUUGGACAGAGACCUCCACUUCAGCACCGCUGGGAAAAUGGCACAAUGAGCAGCUCAUACAGUGAGAGAGACUAACAAAACAUCAUCACUUCCAUGACCCUCUGCCCUUUCAGAAGCCACAGAUUCAAAUGCUCAUACACACAAAGUAUAUAAGCAAAAAGUAACAUGUACUCUGUCUUUAUACCACUUCCACCACUCUCUACUGGACACCAAAGAGAAGAGGACAGAGAUACAGAUUGGUAAAUAUCAGAGCUUAAAUGGCUCCCACAGAAAUUCAAAGUGUCUUGGAGGGGGUCAUGAUGAUAUCAAAUAUGAUAUUGUCAUAUAGUAAAGUCUGGUAAAGAGGCUCUACUUGACUAUAUACUCAUCUGAGGGGGGGGGAGUGGUACAUUUUAGUAUGCCUGUGUUUUGUGUUUGCAAUUUUUGCUAAUUAACCUUAAGACUGUGGCUGUUCUCCUCACUUUUUGAUUGAUAUAGGAUGAGCAUACCGAAUCUGAUUUGUAACAGUCUGAUUUGUUAGCUGACAAAAACUGAUUGUGGGACAUAGUUGUUAGGCUAUGAAAAAAAGUUUAAGCGCUAUGUGUACACAAUUUAUCAUAUACAGGACUGCGCAAAUGUUUUAGGCACCUAAGAUUGAACAAUUAGAAUUAAAAAGCCAUCUGGGUAGUAAACAUUUAUUUGCUCAAAAAACACUAUUAUUAGAAUCAAUACAAGUAACAUUAAAACAGUUAGCAGUGUUUUAUGUGUAUAAUAGGUUUAUUUGACCAUUUCCAAACCACUACUUGUGGCAGCCCAGUAUUACUUAUAGUUGUUGUCCAGUACCUGGUUAGGCAAAUUAAUACUUCAGUAAGUUAAAUCAGAUGUGAGCUUUAAAGGGCCCAUGUCCUAUGUAUUAUAUUUUAUCCUAUUCCUUGAGGUUCAUUUAUAAUGUUUGUGUGGCUUUAUGUACUAAAAACUGUCAUUUUCCAGUCACUGUACCAACAUUUAUUUUUACAUGACCAUGACUUUCUCUUUUUAUUAAACAGGCUGUUUUUGUUACUGUGUCUUUAAGACUGAUAUAUGUAAAUAGGCUCUUUUCUGAUUGCAUGCAUUACCUUCAGCAUGAAUGGACGCUGAACUGCUGUACACUGAAUAGGCAUGUAUGUAAAUAGGCUGUUUUUCUGUGACAUCAUAAAAACAGUGAAUUCAAAAUGGGUUGUUUUUGCAGCUUAGUUUUCACAUAUGGACUGAAUGCACUGGAGAGUGACUGGUACCUUUUGGAUCUUGAACAGUCUUUAUAUUAGAGGGGAACAGUCAGAGAAGGCCUAAUGAUUCCUGGUAAACAAGAAAUACACAUCUGUAAUAUUUGGUUCAUUUUUAUUCAAUAGAAUUAUCCUUGUAUGUCAUUGUAAUUCUGCACAUUCUACAGUACUUCUCUUGUUUCAUUGUUAAGUUUUGGAUGGAAAUAAAAAAGAAAAAUCUUUGAGCAGAAAGCUGGCCAAUCAGGCCUUGCUUUUCUCUUUGGUAUCUUGGUGGAUAUAGCUUGGCAAGCUCUCCCAUUGGUUAAGCCCUGAAGAGAGUCCUAAUGAAUUAGAUUAACUCAGCAUCAGUAUAAUUAUGAAGUGGCGGGGGACUCAACCAAUCAAGUUUUGAUUUCUGAAGGGCAGAACGGAUUUUGUGAGGGGAAAAAAAAAACUCAUGGCCUUCUGGCAGCAGCUGCAGUGCUAUGCCAGGCCUGUUUGCUGAAAAAGUCACUGUGAAACUUUUACAAGGUGAUGGUAAAUAUAUAAAAGAAAAUAUAUAUUAUAUGGUCAAGUAAAAACUAAAUACACCUCUUU